AUGAUUUAUCAUAAAUUACUACUUUCAAUUAUAACAUUAGCAACGUUUCUUUUUUGUUUGGUAAUAAAAGAAACAGAAUCAUUGCCAUUGAAAUCACCAAAUCAAGAAGAUGAAAUUAAAUGUCCACAAUCCAUUCAAUCCACCAAAAAAUAUAAAGGAAAACCCAAACAAUUUUUAAUUAUACUUAAAUCUAACAAUGAUACUCCGCUACAACGUCGUAAUUCAGAUAAUGGAAAAAGAGUUUUAAAUAGACACUUAAAAUAUAUGAAAAAAUGUUGGGGAAAUGAUAUUCCAUCAUCAUUGCCAGAAGAUGUUGAUCAGAUUUCACCCGAGAGCAAUGAUAAUAAAUUCACUUCAUUUUUAUCUGAACAACUUGUUGGAUACUCUGCGCCAUAUGAUCCUGAAUUUGUUAAAGAUCAAUUAGUAAAAUCAUCAGAAAUUGAAAUAAUAGAACCAGUGUUACCAGUCAAAGCAUCACUUUUACCAAAUUUAUUAGUACAAAACAAUCCAAAUAUAAAUUUGGAUCGUAUAGAUCAACAAAAACUUCCAUUAGACAAAAAAUUCAGGUUUCCAGCCUCACAAGGUUCAGGUGUAAAUGUUUACAUAGUUGAUACCGGGAUAAAUGUUAACCAUCAAGAAAUUAUAGGACGAGCUCGACAUGGUGGCUCAUUUUGUCCAAAUUGUCCUGCUAUAGAUGACCAUGGACAUGGAACACAUGUAGCUGCCUUAGUUGGUGGAAAAACAUUUGGUGUAGCAAGAAAAAGUAACCUGAUAGCAGUCAAAGUGUUAAAUAGCUCGGGUAGUGGAACUACGGCAGGUGUUUUGAGCGGAUUAACAUUUGUAUUGAAUCAACACAAAUCCAGUUCUAAUAAGAAAACAGUGGUUAAUAUGUCACUUGGUGGACCACUGUCACAAGCAAUAAAUGCUGCUGUAGAAGCUCUUACUAAGGCUGGUAUACAUGUGGUAGUAGCAGCUGGUAAUAGUAAUACAGAUGCAUGUUCACAAUCACCAUCAUCUGUUCCAUCAGCAAUCACAGUUGGAGCAACUGAUCUUGUUAAAGUUCUUGGUGUCGUUACUUUUGAUAAAGUGGCCAGCUUUUCUAAUUUUGGCAAAUGUGUGGAUAUUUUUGCACCAGGAGUAAAUAUUAUUUCAGCAGAUGCUAAAACAAAUACUGGCAAGGCUGUGUUUUCAGGUACAAGUCAGGCAGCUCCACAAGUUGCAGGUGCAGUUGCUUUGAGUAUUAGUAAGAAUGGUAAUACUACACCAGCUAUAAUGGCUAAAAGAAUUAUAGAUUUAAGCACAAAGGGUGUCAUUAAAUUAACUACUCUUCUACAACCAAACACUCAAAAUAGAUUGUUGUUUAUUCCUUUAUAA